CUCUGCUGCAUCAGAGUACGGAGGGACGCACUGGCUGGGAAUACUCCAGCGGACAGGAAGGACAGGAUUGUUAGGAGACUCAUGUGCUAAUAUGCUACCGUACUCCACAGGGGAAGCUGAGCACCAGGGAAUUUGACAGGAUCUCAGUGCACCUGCUCCAUGCACACUGAUUAUGUGGCGCAGCUGACGUGUGCGAUGGCCAGCCUGGACCUGCAUGUUCUCAGACACACAGCUCCGUGUUAUCGUUACCUCCCAACCAAGCAGCCCAGCCCGAGGAUCUGACCGCACCUCCCCUCCUUCUCCCCCCUCCCUCCCUCUCCCUGGGUGUCCAACAAUCCUGGGCCCACCAUGGGAGGAUGCUUCUCCAAACCCAAACCAGUUGAAGUUAAAGUGGAACUCUCUCUCCUGGAAAAAGAAAAAGAGGUGGACGGGCUGUCACCUAAUGGCAAAGCGAGUCCCUUUGCUGACUGCAGACCUAACGGGGCCCUGGGACACGGCUCUGAUGAUGACUCCACCCCGCUCCCCCUCUACCACAAACCACGGGACUAUGUGGAGGCCUCCGUAUGUCAUGUUAAAGAUCUGGAAAACGGACAGAUGCGAGAGGUUGACUUGGGAAGUGGCAGAGCUUUGUUGAUCAAAGAACACGGGGAGUUCUCUGCCAUGGCCCACAAGUGUCCACACUACGGAGCACCUCUGGUCAAAGGUGUGUUGUCAAAAGGACACGUGCGCUGUCCGUGGCACGGUGCGUGUUUCAACAUUGCAACAGGAGACCUGGAGGACUUCCCCGGGCUGGACAGCCUGCCUAUCUUCCAGGUCAGAGUUGAGAAGGACAAGGUGAUCAUUCGCGCAAACAAGCAGGCUCUUCUGUCGCAGAAAAGGUCAAAGCCCAUGGCCCGAUGCUCAGCAGUCAUUAACUCCAGCACAGGUUUCAGUCAUGUUCUCAUCAUCGGCUCAGGUCCAGCAGCUCUGGUGUGUGCAGAGACACUGAGGCAAGAGGGCUUCACCGACCGCAUCGUCAUGUGCACCAUGGACAGACAUCCUCCGUAUGACAGGCCUAAACUGAGUAAGUCGUUAGAAUGCACAGCUGAGCAGCUGAAAUUGCGCUCCAUGGACUUCCUACAGGAUCAUGACAUUGAACUGCUCACAGAGAAAGAGGCUGUGGCGAUAGACGUGAAAACACGAUCUGUGACCUUUGAAGAUGGCUCGAGGAUGGAGUACAGGAAACUCUUUAUUGCUACAGGAAGCAAACCCAAACCAAUGAUCUUCAAAGGCAAGGACGUCAAGAACGUGUUUCAUCUCAGGACGCCCGAGGACGCCAACAGCAUAGCGAGGCUGGCCAACAACAAGAACGCUGUGAUUGUGGGGACGUCAUUUGUUGGUAUGGAGGUGGCUGCAGCUCUGACUGACAAAGCUCACUCGGUCUCUGUCAUCGGGAUCGAGACAGUCCCCUUUAAAAAAGCUCUCGGGGAGAAAGUAGGGAAAGCCAUAAUGAAGCUGUUCGAGGUGAACAGGGUGAAGUUCUACAUGCUGAACGAGGUGUCAGAGAUGAUUGGCCAUCAUGGACAGCUGAAAGAGGUGGUACUGAAGAGUGGGAAAGUCCUGCGGGCAGACGUGUGUGUCAUCGGAGCAGGAAGUAUUCCUGCAACGGGCUUCCUGAAACAGAGCGGCAUCCACAUGGACUCCAAGGGCUUCAUCACUGUCAACAAGACAAUGCAGACAAAUGCUGACGGUGUCUUUGCUGGAGGAGAUGUGGUGGUGUUUCCUUUCCCGCCACGCAACAACAAGAAGGUGAACAUCCCUCACUGGCAGAUGGCUCAUGUACACGGAAGGGUGGCAGCGCUCAGCAUGAUGGGCAGAGCUGCAGAGAUCAAAACUGUGCCUUACUUCUGGUCAGCCAUGUUUGGGAAGACCAUACGCUAUGCAGGUUAUGGUGAUGGAUUUGAUGACGUCAUUAUACAAGGGGAUCUGGAUGAACUGAGAUUUGUGGCGUUUUACACCAGGAGUGAGGAGGUGGUUGCUGUUGCCAGCAUGAACUAUGAUCCCAUUGUAUCCCGAGUGGCAGAGGUCUUAGGAUCCGGAAAGACGAUUAAGAAACGAGAUGUGGAGACUGGAGACAUUUCUUGGCUGAUUCACAAAGGCUCUCAAUGACUUCACAUCUGAGGGACUGGACACUUCAAUAUGGACACUAAUGGUGCUGAGACACUGAGCAGCUGGACACACACACACACACACACACACACACACACACACACUGGGGACAGGACCGUGUCUGUUCGAGACAUACUUCCCUGAGGACGACACUGAAACUUUGCUUUUCUUCCUGAAAGACACUUUAACGUGACAAGCGGAGCCAUACACGCUCUGAAUACACUGAAUCGCAUUGUUGGGUCUUUUACGACAACGUUGAAACGUUUCACAAACAAAUCAAUACUGGAUUCGGCCUCUGUGCUGCUGCAAGAUGUAUCUACCUGUACACUUUGUUUAUAAGAAGCCAGGGAUGGGCAUUGACAUUUUUUUGUACAAAUAAC